AUGGCUUGGGCAGCCCUGCCUACUGCUGGCAAUCCUUUCUCCGACAUGCCGGAGGGCUCUCACCGCCAUGACGCACUGUGCUCGCAAAAUGUGGGCAACAGCCUGGGAUCUCGCCCGUGUGUCCGACAGACUCCACUGUAUAAGCGCCACGAGAGCGGAAAUGCGAUGAAGGCUCUCUUGGGCAUGCCUCAUCUUUCGUGGGAGCCGGAGUGCAAGCGGGCCGAGGCACAGAAGCCAGUUGGCGAUCGGCGACGGAGGCUGGCUCCCCGACAAGAGGAAGACAGGUGGGAUAAAAUCACAUCUGCAGAUGGAAAGCCGCCAGCGGCAAAGAAAAAGGAGGCCAUGAAGCUGCAGAAGCAGGCUUCCGUGGACGAGUCCGAUGCUGCCAAAG